GUUAAAUCUUGAGAUUAUAUGUGUCAGCGAACAGUGACAUUCUGUUGACGGACCUCUAAAUGUAGUAAAAAAGAAGAAUUGCUGCUGUCACCUGUGUAUGUUGAAUUGUAUUAAAACUGUUAUAAAGAUGAAGCUGAAUAUGGAUAGUUUGCCCACGGUCAUAAGCUGCUGCUUCUGUUGCUUCCUGAGAGCCGGCACUGUCGUUAUAUCUAUGUUCUCAUUUAUAUCAGGCUUACUAUUUGCUCCUAACGUGAGUCAUGCAAAAGGCUUUUGGAGCAUGGAUCCUGUGUUGUCAUACCACAGCGCAGCGACUGAAGCAGCUAUACAAUUAAUACUUGGCAUAGUUUCUAUUAUUUUAUGUAUUGCCAGCGUCUUACUUCUAGUUGGCUCGAUAUGUAACCUUCCCGUACUUAUCCUGGUGUACCAAUGGGGGGCAGUGGUCUAUUGCGUGACAGUUUUCUUGCUGUUCUUCAUACUGGCGAUGUUUUGUUUCUUCGUUCACUCCAACUGCGUCUUGGCUGGCAUAGUUUUAUGCGGCCUUAUGGUCUGCAAUGUUUUGGUGACGGCGUAUUUCGUGAUAGUUGCCAACAGUCUCCGAUUAUCCCUUAAAUUUCUAGCAAGUCAAGAAUCAAUCCUCGCCUGACUUUGGUUGAUGUCAUUUUUUAAUAAAUAAAUAUAUAUUUUUUUUUUAUUUUAUGACGUUUAUUUAUAUAUAUUUUUUUGUAUUAUCGUAUUUUGAACU